UCUGCCAGUGCCAUGCAUUUUCAAGCAUACAUGCUGGAGGGCAUUGUGCGCUGGAAUGAGGACUGGGAAGAAGCAGAUGGUUACACCUGCUAUGAUCUUCAGUUGCGGUCCACCUACAGAGCCUUUGGUCAAAGAGUAUUCAACACAGACCUUGAUCCCCAGUUACAAGCUCCAAGAGAGUACACUGGGGAGAAGAUGGGCAUAGAGUACCUCUUUGACCAGACAGGCAAACGUUUUGAGGAGAUGAUCACUGAUGUGGAGGAUGAAGGAGAGAAACUGCUGGAGACACUGUCCACAACUGAGGAGGAAGAGGAUCCAGCAGAAAUGGAAGCCAUCGAUCCGACAAUCUCCAUUUCAGAGCCCCCAGUGAUUGCCUCUGACAUAGCACCUGAAGAUCUAGCAGUUCCCCAGCCAGAAGACAAGAAGGAGAUACCUCUUGAUACGUUGGCACUUGGGCCAGACGGUCAAGAGGGUUUUCAUCUUGUGAAGGAACUUGCCUCAUACCUAGUGGGACUGCGUCAGGAGAGGUGUCUUACUGAGACACAGGUGAACACCUUGAUACCUAUGUUCAAGGCCCUCCCUGAUGCAGAUCAACGCAGGUUGAAAUACGCCCCUAGGUAUGAGACAAAAACAAAGGGUGGAUGCUUCGGCACAGUCAGUAGUGGUGUGGUUCCUGGACUCACUAGUGUGAAGCGGUAUGUUAGAUACAUUCUUUUCAAUUUAGGUGCUUGUAAUUAAAAAAUUAAUUGUUUUCAAGGAGCUGUUAGGGUGGAGACUCUACAGCAGCUCAGUGGCCGGACAACAGCAGGAUUGUGGA